GUAGCUGCAACAACAGUGUCUGAGCUUGUGCAUUUGCUGCAGUCUGCUGCCUGCCACUUUCUUCACAUCCUGCAAGAUUUCUCAGCAGCAAGCUCUUGGAUCAUCCUCUGCACAGGAUCUUGUUUAAGGAGCAGCUGGCUAAAGAAUUUAACUAUGACAGUAAUGGUUGUUUUCUGCACAUCUGGACCCCAUCUGGCAUUUUGAGUUUUGCAUAGUUGGUUUUUGGAGCCGCUCUUGUGCCUGUUCUCUUUUUCAUCCACCUUCAGAUCUUUACUUCAUUACAAGCUCUCAUUAUGCAGUGUACUAUAUCCCAUUCUGUUUCUUGCCUCUGCUAGGCAGUGGCAGCAUGGAUGGUGUUCUUGUGACGACCUCUGCUGAUUCUAUCAGUCUACUGCGGAUAGGCAUGCUGAGUAAUCCUGCUGUAAAUGGGCGAGGACACAGACACACAGAAAAUUAACCAUGGAUUUCUUCGAGACCACAACUAUGUGACUGAAGCUGACAUUAUUUCAACUGUUGAGUUCAACCACACAGGGGAGUUGCUGGCAACAGGGGAUAAAGGAGGUCGAGUUGUUAUAUUCCAAAGGGAGCCAGAGAGUAAAAAUGAGCCUUACAGCCAAGGUGAAUACAAUGUUUACAGCACCUUCCAGAGCCAUGAACCAGAGUUUGACUAUUUGAAGAGUUUGGAAAUAGAAGAAAAAAUAAACAAGAUAAAGUGGCUGCCACAGCAGAAUGCAGCCCACUCUCUUCUGUCUACAAAUGAUAAAACUAUUAAACUGUGGAAGAUUACUGAACGAGAUAAGAAACCUGAGGGGUACAAUUUAAAAGAUGAAGAGGGGAAGCUUAAAGAUCUUUCUACAGUGACAUCACUUCAGGUCCCUGUACUGAAACCCACAGACUUGAUGGUAGAAGUCAGCCCCAGAAGAAUUUUUGCUAAUGGCCACACCUAUCAUGUCAAUUCAAUUUCUGUCAACAGUGACUGCGAGACAUACAUGUCAGCAGAUGAUCUUAGGAUUAAUCUGUGGCAUCUAGCAAUUACAGAUCGGAGCUUCAACAUUGUAGAUAUAAAGCCAGCCAACAUGGAGGAUUUGACAGAAGUUAUUACGGCAUCUGAAUUCCAUCCUCACCACUGCAAUCUCUUUGUCUACAGCAGCAGCAAAGGAUCUUUGAGACUUUGUGACAUGAGGACAUCAGCACUGUGUGACAAGCAUUUCAAACUUUUUGAAGAACCAGAAGACGCCAGUAGCCGUUCAUUUUUCUCCGAAAUCAUUUCUUCUGUUUCCGAUGUCAAAUUCAGCCACAGUGGCCGAUAUAUGUUAGCAAGAGAUUACCUCACUGUCAAGGUUUGGGAUCUGAACAUGGAAACAAAACCUAUAGAAAUAUACCAGGUCCAUGACUACCUUAGAAGCAAACUAUGUUCCCUUUAUGAAAAUGACUGCAUCUUUGACAAGUUUGAAUGUGCAUGGAAUGGAUCUGACAGUGUCAUUAUGACAGGGGCAUAUAACAACUUCUUUCGAAUGUUUGACCGGAACACUAAGCGUGAUGUUACUUUAGAGGCCUCCCGAGAGAGUAGCAAGCCACGAGCAAUUCUAAAACCUCGCAGAGUGUGCAUUGGAGGCAAGAGAAGGAAAGAUGACAUUAGUGUUGACAGUUUGGACUUUACUAAGAAGAUCCUGCACACAGCAUGGCACCCAACAGAGAAUAUCAUUGCUAUUGCAGCUACAAACAAUCUGUACAUAUUUCAAGACAAAAUGAACUCUGAAAUGCACUAGGCAAGGUGGCUGCUUGAGAUGCGAUAUUAGCCCCUUUACUUGGAAGUAAACGCCACUGAAUUCAAUGUCUUACUCCCCAAUACGUGUCUGUAGAAUCAAGGUAUGUUGGGGAUGGCUUUACCUUUUUAACUACCCCACCACCC